ACCCAUAACUGAUAACCACACCAACGUCUAUACCCAAACCCCUUUCAUAUGGCCCUCAUUUUUAUUUCCAUCCCCUUGCUAUCCCCGCGAAAUGAAGAAAUGACAUCCAGCGCGCUUCGAAUCUCCCGCCUCAUGACGUCACAAGCGACCAUGACUGCUUGGGCGGAGGAGAAGGCCCUCCGCCAGCCAACAUGGGAACUCUUCUCGCCGAUUCUGCCUAUUGCCGCCUCUGUGCUUCUGAAUUCGAGGUCGGAUUUACCAUUUUUGAUGACAGCGAGGACAAAGCAUCGCUGGCCAUCUUGAUCAAUAAGUAUCUGCCCAUCAAGGUUGCUAACGAUGGCCACUUUCCAGUCCGGAUAUGUGAGCGGUGUCACAUGGGAGUGGCAGCGACUGUGGAUCUCAUUGACCGGAUGGUUGAAGGGCAACAAAGAUUGCGGUCAAUGCUGCAGUCUGGGACAGUCCCUGACGUACUUCAGGCUACUCUUAUUAAUAUCCAAGGGGAUUCAGUAGAUAUACCCAUGGAUGAUUUAGCAAAAGGAACUGAAGUUGCAAAAGUAUAUGCAGAGAACCAUCCCAUGAGUAUAGCUGUGGAUGGCCAGCCAGUUGUUAAAAAGAAAAGGGGACGACCACGGAAAGGAGAUAGACCUGUUAAGCAAAAGGUGAAGGAGGAGGAGUCUAGCCUUUUAGAUGAUGAUGAUGUUAAGAAAGGAAGACCAAGAAGGUCUAACAGGAGAGCAAAUCUGCCCACAAGGUAUAGGGACUCCAUUGCUGGACGAGAUUUUGAGAAGCUAAUGAGUGAGUCGGGAGUGAAAGAGGAGAUAAUGGAGGUGCAGGAUGAUGCUAGUGAUGCUGACUACAAGCACCAGGGUCUGUCUGGACCGUCAAUGCUGGAAGUCAUGGAAAAACAGGGAGGUUUAAGAAAUCCCAAGGAGGGUGCUCUUGGCAAGGUUUCAGAAGAUGGCACUAGCAUUGUCAUUGCCCCCGAGUCCUCUGAAGCCCCAUCUGAUCUUCCAGUAUCUGUAAACAUCGAGGUUGACUUCCAGGAUGAUGGUAAUAUCACCUUAAGAGGAAUGGAAGAAUUAGAUGAAAAGGAAAAACUUCCUCUUGCAUCUGUGAGCUCUGUUCAGAUUACCAGCAUGGGAGAGUCAAUCAACAUGCCUUCCAAAGCUGCAUUUAGUGAGCCUACACUCUUCAGAAAGAAGCGAGGUGCCAAGAAGAAGGCAAAGUGGUCAUGCAACAUAUGUGGCAAAGGGUUUCUUCAUAAGGGAAGAUAUCUUCUCCAUACUCGACUUCACAAGCAGGUGAUUCUGCAAUGUGAGAUGUGUAAAGAUAGAUUUUCUACUCGAGAAGAUAUCAACAUUCACCAACAAGAUACAGGACACACAGGAUUAGGUAAGAUAUCUAAGAACAUUUAUCAUAAGAAGUGCUUACGGUUAAGUGGUAUCUAUAGCAACAAGUUCAGACUACUAGGGUUCUAUAGACAUUUUGAUGUCCUCAAUGUGAAGGUCAUGUCCUCCUCUCAUGAGCACCAGGUGGUCAGUGAGAGCUCUAUCAGACAAAUUUCUGUAGAAUUACAGCCCAGUGUAACAUUUAAACCAUCAAGGGAAAUUGAAUCGUCUGCUGAAACAAUCCUGGCCUUUUAUCAAGUAGCACACGAGUUUUCGCAAGCUGAAUCAUUUCGUUACAGCAGUUAUCCAGUACUAGAUCACCUACCAAAAAAAAACCUAAUAACAUCACAGAAUAAAUCUGAAAAAUUCAAGGAGAUGUCGGUAUAA